AUGUCCGCCAACGUCCAGCUGCCCCGCGCUAUUGCGCGGAAACCCAAGCAGUUGGAUUCUCCAACUGAAUCGAAGAGCCCAACCUCCAACGGCUCUCGUAACUCGUCCAACUCUGAUUCUUCAUCCUUCACAAGUGUUGAAGACUUCAACGCUGCCAAAAUCCCCACCCACAUUUGCGGGCACACUUCUCCCAUGAAGAACAAGUUGAAGAAUAUUCAAUCAAUUCACCAAGCGGUCCCUCCUACUCCUUUAUCGAGGAUUCCCAGGCCUAGCUGCCACUUGCACAAGAAGGUCGUCCUAGAAGAGGACCUUCAAGCACGGAAACUCAAGUCCUCAGUCAAGCGUGCAGUUCCUGUCCCUGUUACUUGCCCUCACCGUAACCUCAAUGCCAACCCGACAGCCGAUGAACACAAGCCCAUCAGCAAAAGCAAGCCAAUCAAACCCGUCUCCGACAUGGAAAAUGCCAAAAAGGAAGCCACUCAAGUAGUGGUCAAGCAAAUGCAGGCAACCGAGACGAAGCCUCUCACCAAAGGCGAACAACUCAAACUCGCCUUUGCAAAGGGAGGAGCCGAAAAAGAAGCCACUCGAGCAGCCAAACGAGCGCAAAUGCCGUUUGCACUGCCGACAGCAGAAGAGAUGCAGGCGCAGAUCAAGCUUGAGACUGCUGCACGCAUCAAGCAAAGGAAUGAAGAAAGAGACCGUGUUGCGCAGGAGGAGAAAGCUAAGAAAGAGGCCGCAAAAUCUGUUGUCCUUUCUGAGCAGUCAACCUCCGUAGGGUCUGCUAAUCCGCCGCUCACUAAUUCUGAAUUGAUAAUAUUGAGGAUGGCGAAUGAUGCCAAAAAGAACGAGGAAGAAAGGACAGUAAGAGAGGCUGAUAGGGAGGCUCUUCGUCGGCGGUGCGUGGAUAGCAUUGAAAAUGCCACUUGGUCGCCUCCUACAUCUCCUGCCAAGCGAUGUGAGCGACGGAUCCAACCUGCCAUCUCACCGCAAGCUACUCCAGAAGGGAUCCGUAGUGAGGAUUACCUUCCCAGGGGCCUACCCCGUUCCCUUCAGUCUGCCAUCCAGGUUCAGGGGCCUCCAGAAGAGAUCCGUAGCGAGGAUUACUUGCCUAGGGGAUUACCCCGUCCUAUUCCAUCUAUCUCACAACUUCAGGCAGCUCCAGAGGAAGUUCGUGGUGAGGGCUAUCUUCUCACAGAUGUACCUGGUCCCAUUCAACCAGCAACGCCCAAAACCACUAUCGUUACUCGGAAGCGGUCCAGCUGCACCAUCUCUAUGCCUGUCCCACGUCAAAAAAAGGUUGUUUUCGAGCUUGAAUGUUCUGGCGACGACGAGUCCGAUGAAUCUCCAGACCCUACCUGCAUCACAAUUCCAGAAUUCCCUAACAGCGAUGAGCCCAAUAAAUCACCCCUACCGCCAUUUGUCGCGCAUUCUGAGUCUACCGGGUCUCCUGUGCUUCUCUCACACGUUGAGCAGGUUCAGGAAAAGGAUGUCGAAGCAGAGAGGGCGCAGAUCCUUGCAGACCUUAAGACGCGCGUCCAAAUUGAGCUUGACAUCUGUAAGGCUCAGCAACGCAAAAGGUUUGGGUGGGUGGACAAGGUUAUUCCUCCCCGCACGCGUCAGAUAUUUCCACCUAUCGUCACUGGUUUUGAAAACCUUGGCAUCUAUGUUCCCGAUCCCAGAAACGGAACGCCAGAUAGAUGUGCUACAUCUUGGGGCAACUACCUCACAUACCCUCUUGACAACGUGAACAUGGAUCUGCAUAGGGCGAAGCACCAAGAAAUUCAGCGUUGUCUCACUUACUUUGCAGAGGCGAACAAGAUCCGGAUCAAGAAGCUUCGCUUUAAACAUGAGUAUUUGCAUGUGCCAUUCGAACAUCACAGAGCUUUUAAGCACGACCAGCUGUGCAUUGCGAACACUGAGGGCCCGGUUUAUGACCAUCAGAGAACAAUGUCCUACCGCAACUCCCGCUUUAAGCAUGAGCCUGAGAACUGCUGGAAUUGUCACCUUGCCACAGUGCCUGAGGUUAAAACCAUCUGGGAAGAGGAAGACGAACUUCAGGAAGAGGUCUACGAAGAAGAAGAGAGCUGCAUGAUUGAGCUGUACGAUGAGGAUGGCUUUUUGAUCGAGGAGAAUGUGUGUGGGUUUGAGGAUGGUUAUGAAAGAGAAGAAGACUUUUACGAUGGCGAAGUGGGAGUUUAUCAAAAUAAUGUCCACUCUGAGGACGAGAAGUCUUUCGAGAUUGGGAAUAUCUUCGAUGCUGAAGGGUGUGGUAUCAAUGAACAGGCAGCUGCACCUGCCCACGUGCAGGAAGUCCUUGAAGUUGUAGAAUGCCUCGAAGCAGAGACAACACCUAGGAUGAUUGAGGAGAACCAGCUCCUUCAAGUCAAGGAGAGAUCCCCAACUCAACUCAUUGCUCUCAAAGCAAAUACCAAACAUUCUCAAGCCAUCAACAUCUCAAAGAUUCAGCCUGCUCUUCUUGUGCAUAUCAAGUCACUUUCGCCAUCAAUCCUCGCCAGAACAGCUAAGGUGUUCCACACAGUUUUCAACUCUAUCAUCCUUACCAACUCCAUCGAUACUACUAUCAAACUUCCCCUCCAGCGGUACUUCUCUGACCUCUUUAUCGUUCUUACAAGGUCCCACAACUGCGCCAGAAUCUUUUCGUAUAAAUACACUACAUUUUUCCGAGUAGCAGCACCUUCUACUCUUCUUGUACUAUCGUCUAUUACAUCGGCUACCAGUAUCACCAUGCCUAGUCUUACCAUAGGCUCAGCGAACGCAGAGGGGAACAGUGCUAUCAAACUUCUUACUCAGUUUUCUAGGGAAAAUGGAAUCACUCGAGGACCGGUUAACGUCAUCAAAUCAUGGUUACUUGACAUGCCACCCUGCAAGCAAGUCGUUGCGUGUGUUCAGGAGGUUGGAAACGUGAUGAGACGUAUUUUCGGGUACGCAACCGGUGAAAACGCAUAG